AUGGAAAAAAAAGAUUCUAGUAGUCGACGAUCUCAUUCAAAAGAAAAAAGUUAUAGUCAUAAAAAAAGAAAGAGUAGAAGUUCUUCAUAUGAAAAGCAUCAUUAUCAUAAAAAAAGUCAUAAACAACAAGAUGAUUAUUACUGGGAAAGUAGAAGGAGAGAACGUGAAAAAAUAAUGAGAAAGCCUAGAAAAAAAAUAUGGGCUGAUUCUCCAACGAGAGAGGAAAUUAAUGAAAUUGAACAGGAACAUAAAAAAAUUAGAGAAAUGUAUAAAAAAGAAAAUGAAGAAUUUGAUGAACAGAUUAAGGAAGUAGUUGAUAAUACAGUUAAUGAGACUACUUUUGAAGACAAAAAGAGUACAAAUGAAAGCAAUGUUAUUGGGCCUGUUAUAGAACCAGAGGAAAAUGAUAAAUUUACCAUAGCCUCUAAAAUUACAAAUUAUGGUGACAAUAUUUCACGUAAUGAAGGAGCUGCUUUUGCAGCAUAUAUAUCUCAAGGAAAACGUAUUCCUAGAAGGGGUGAAAUUGGUUUAACUUCUAAUCAAAUUAGUAAUUUUGAAAAAGCUGGAUAUGUUAUGAGUGGAUCUAAAAGUUUGAGGAUGGAAGCUGUUCGAAUAAGAAAAGAAACACAGGUAAUGACAGCAGAAGAACAAGCUUUAAUGAAAAAACACAAUAUAGAAGCAAGAAAAGAAGAAGAGAAAAAAAUAAUGGAUCAAUUCAAACUUUUAAUACAAACUAAAAAAAGCAUAUAA